GCAUUAUGAACUCGACAGCCGUUCUGUUCGCUACACUAGCAAUCAUUUGCGUCCACGGAGGACCUAUCAGUAGUCGAUUGCAGCCAAACAGCCCUGGAAACAUUAGAAGACUGCGCAAUUUGGCCCCUGCCGACUUGGCGGAGGAAUUGAGCGGACAAUUCGAGGGUGACAUCAUUCUGACCGAAGCACAGCAAGAUGAGAUCCUCUCCCGCAAAAGAAACGGUCGCAUUGAAUUGGCCUACAGAUGGCCAAGCAACGAAAUUCCGUACGAGAUCGUCGUGGAUGAUUUUGCUGCGGAACAGAUAGGUCACAUCGAGCGUGGUAUCCGUCUGUUGGAGAGACAAACAUGCCUUCGGUUUAGACCACGUCGAAACCAAACUGAAGAUUACAUCCGAGUGAUAGGAAACAACCCUUCCGGCUGUUGGUCCUGGGUUGGAAAUGUUCGAGAAGGCAUGCAGGAGCUACAUCUGGCGCCCGCUGAGUUGGAGAGCGGAUGCUUCCGUUUGGGAACCAUCGUGCACGAGUUUAUCCACGCUAUAGGUUUCUUCCAUAUGCAAAGUGCCAGCGAUCGGGAUGAUUAUGUGGAGAUUCACUACGACAAUAUCCUCGAGGGUACCGAGUCGAAUUUUCUGAAGUAUUCAGCCGAUGAGGUGACAAGUUUCGAUGUGAGGUAUGACUACGGAAGUGUGAUGCAUUACGGUGGAACGGCGUUCAGUAAGAAUGGACUACCGACGAUUGUUCCAAAAGAUCCCAAUGCAGAAAUCGGACAACGGAUCGGAAUGAGCGAACGUGAUAUUUCCAAAAUUAAUCUCAUGUAUCGAUGUUUGGGCAAAAAAGUAUAGCGGUUUAUAUUAAAGAAUCUACAGAGCUCACAUAA